AUGGCCGAUGGAGGUGAUGCACCUGAUGAUUCAAUAUUCGAUUUGAGUAAAAAGAAGAAGAAGAAGAAACCAAGAGAUGAUGCGACUGCUGAAAAAGAAGAUGAUGAAAAUGUUCCAAAUGAACAAUCAACAACAUCGACAAAAGAAAGAAAAAGUAAAAAUGUCGCUUUUGCAACAGAAUCGUCUGAAAAUCAAGAAAAUAUAAAUACUGAGCAAGCAGCAGGAGGUGCUGCUGGUGAAGAUGAUGAUGAGGAUGAUGUUCUUGCAACUCGUAAAAAGAAGAAGAAGAAAGCCCGUGAUGCAGCCGGAACGGCUGGUGAUACUGAUAUUCAAAAAGAAACUACAGCAGGUGCAACUGGUGAUGAAACCACUAGUGAUGCAACAUCUGUGCAAGGAGAAUACACUUAUGAUGAUCUAUUAUCUCGAGUAUUUAAUAUCAUCCGUGAAAAGAACCCCAAUGUAAUUGAAGGUGAAAAAAUCAAAUUAACUCUAAAACCACCACAAGUAGCACGUAUUGGUACUAAACGUACAUCAUUUUCCAAUUUUGGUGAGAUCUGUAAAUCCCUUAAACGUCAAGAAAAACAUUUACAUCAAUAUUUACUUGCUGAAUUGGGUACAAAUGGUUCCAUUGAUGCUAAUAAUGCAUUGAUUAUCAAAGGCCGUUUUCAACAGAAACAAAUUGAAAGUGUACUUCGAUCAUAUAUCAAGGAAUAUGUUAUUUGUAAAACAUGUCGUUCACCUGAUACAUUAUUACAAAAAGAAGAACGUUUAUCCGUACUUUUAUGUAAUAAUUGUCGUUCACGUUAUUUUGUUUCUGGUAUCAAGACUGGUUUUCAAGCUCAAGUUGGAAAACGUGCUGCAACACGUGCGAAAGCUACAUAA